AUGAAUAUUGAUGAGUUUUUCACUGACUUUCAACGCGAUAUUCAAGAAAUAAGAGAGUUUAGAAGAAAGACACUGCGAGCCAGAAAAAAAUAUAGAAUGAGGUUCAAUCCUCUAAACAUGCCAGACGAUACAUUCAGACAAUACUACAGAUUUACUAAGCAGAACAUGCUAAAAAUUGUUGAUUUACUGCGAAAUGAUUUAGAAGUGGAUUUGCGUGGGGGUGGAGUUCCAGUUGAAUUGCAAGUGAUGGCAGUUAUUAGAUAUUGGGCUCGACAUGGGAUCCAAGAGAACUGUGCUGACGUCCACGGAAUAAGUCAGCAAACGUUGUCGCGCUUAGCUCAAAAAGUUUCUAUCGCAUUAUGUUGUAAAAGUUCUCAGUAUAUUAAAAUGCCAGAAAAUUCUACAGAGGAAUCAUCAAUUAUGCAUCAAUUUGAGGAAAUAAGUGGCAUGAAAAACAUAACUGGUGUCUUAGAUUGUACACACAUAAAGAUACAAAAAAUAAGUGAUAAUAAUGGUCAAUCUUUUAUUAACAGUCAGGGACAGUAUUCAAUUAAUACACAGAUUAUCUGUGAUGCCAAUCUGAGAAUACGAGAUAUCGUAUGUCGCUGGCGAGGAAGUACUGAUGAUGCAAAGAUAUAUAAUGAAAGCUCAAUAAAGAGACGUUUUGAAGAAAAUGAAUUUGUUGGAAAACUAAUUGGUGAUUGUGCAUAUCCCUGUACUUCUCAUCUUCUCACACCAGUUCUGAGACCUAUAACUGAAGCAGAAGAAAGAUAUAAUCAAAGCUUUUUUGAAACUCAUAAUGUUGUCCAACAAUGCAUGAGUGUUUGGAAGGAAAGAUUCCGAAUUUUACAAGAUGUCAUUAGGGGCUCAUUAAACACUGCCAAAACAACUGUAGUUGCUUGUGCAGUACUACAUAAUAUAGCAAUGCAAUUAAAUGAACCUAUUCUUGAAGACACAGGUCUAAUGAAAAGUGAGACUGCUAUGGUUGAAGAACCAAAUUUAUUUGUUGAUGAUGGGAAUGAGAUACACAGAAACCAGUACAUAAAGGAGUAUUUUAAUACAUAA